AUGUCGCAACUGUUGACAUUGAGGGAUUGGCAGUACCGCCAAGCAGGAGAAGAAACAUGGAACUUGUCGGUUCCAGGCCCGAGUACCCAGAUCCAUGCUGAUUUACUCCACAAUAAAUCAAUUCCGCAUCCAUUCAUCGACACCAACGAAAAAGAUAUUCAAUGGGUGGGAGAAAAAGAUUGGGAGUACCAGGUACAAUUUGAAGUUGACAGGACCCUCGAGCAAUUGAACAGCCAUGUGCUUGUAUUCGAAGGUUUGGACACUUUUGCUAGUGUAUCUCUUAAUGGAGUAGAGAUUUUGAACACUAAAAAUAUGUACUGUGAAGAUCGGGUCGAUGUCAAAAAGCUACUCAAGUUUGGUAGCCACAACACCGUGCAUAUCACAUUUAAGAGUGCAUUGUUGAUUGCCAGACGCCUUGAAAAGGAGAAUGGUAAAUUCGUGUGCUGGAAUGGAGAAACUUGUCGUCUCCACAUUCGAAAGGCACCAUACCAUUUUGGUUGGGACUGGGGCCCUGUGAUCAUGACGUGUGGACCAUAUAAACCUGUUCGUCUUGAGCUGUACAAUUCUACGAUCGAAGAUUUCUACGUGACUCUGAAGUUGACUGACCUGAGCGACGUGCAAUUGGAAUUAAAUUUAACGGUGGAUUCUAUCAAUGAGGUUGAUGCAAAGAUCGACAUCUACUCUCCGGAUGGAGAAUUAGUAGCUACUGAUAAGCUUGCCAACAUCACUUCUGGCACAAGUGUGACCAAAUUGAAGCUCUCUCAGCCUCAAUUGUGGUUUCCACAUACCGUUGGAAAGCCUGCGUUGCACACCUUCAAGGUCGAAUUGACUAAUAAGGCUGGUGUGAUCACUCAAUUGGAGAAAAAAAUUGGCUUGAGAAAUGUUGAGCUUGUCCAGGAACCAUUAGACAAAGGUACAAGUUUCUACUUCAAGGUUAAUGGCGUCCCAGUAUAUUGUGCUGGCUCCAAUUGGAUCCCGGCUCAUUCAUUGCUGACCAUGCUUACCAAGAAGGAUUAUACUGAGUGGCUUGAGUUGGCAGCUUUUGGAAACCAGUCCAUGAUUAGGGUAUGGGGUGGAGGAUACUAUGAAGACGAUUUUUUCUACGGUGAGUGUGAUAGAUUGGGACUAUUAGUCUGGCAGGAUUUCAUGUUUGCAUGCGGGCAAUAUCCUGGAGAUGAGAAGUUUAUUGCAAAUGUAGAGAGGGAGGUUACUCACCAACUCCACAGAUUGCGCAACUAUGCUUGUUUGGCGCUCUUCGCUGGAAACAACGAAGACUACCAAAUCGCAGAACAGAGUAAUCUUGAGUGGAACAGAAAAGACUUCACAGGCGAUUACUCUAAGACAAAUUUCCCAGCAAGAACUAUUUACGAGCGCACUUUGCCAUCUUUGAUGAAGAAGUAUCUUCCUUCGGUGCCUUAUCACCCAGGAUCGCCAUGGAGUGGAGAGAAUCCCACUACAGACCCAACAGUGGGAGACCUUCACCAGUGGAAUGUGUGGCACGGAACACAGGAGAAAUAUCAGGAUUGGUAUAAGCUUGGUGGCAGAUUUGUUUCUGAGUUUGGAAUGGAAUCGCUCCCUAGUUUGAAAACCUACAAGGAGUGUAUCACCAAUCCCAAGCAGUUGUACCCACAGAGUGAGUACGUGGACCACCACAAUAAAGCUGACGGCUUCGAGCGUCGGCUAGCACUUUAUGUGAUUGAAAACAUUAAAAUUACAUCAUUUGACUUGGACUCGUGGAUUUAUGCCACUCAAUUGAUGCAAGCUGAAUGUUUAGCUUAUGCUUACAAGUGUUGGAGAAGAAACUGGAAAAAAGACAAGCAGAGGGAGACAGGAGGAGCACUUGUAUGGCAGCUUAAUGAUUGUUGGCCGGUAGCCUCUUGGGCAAUCGUCGAUUUCUACCGUCGUCCCAAGCUCGCAUACUAUGCUAUCAAGAGAGAGUCCAAUGCAGUUGCACUUGGUUUGUACCGAAACAAAGUUGGUGGCGUGAAAGACGCAGUUAUAGGUGCUCCUCAUGAUUACAGCAAGGUCACCUACAACUUAGACUUUUGGGGAGUUAAUUCAUCUUUGAAAGACAUUGAGGGUGUUCUCAAUGUUGACUUUUAUGAUGGGAAUACAGGAGUAAAAUUAGCUACACCAUACAACGAAAAAAUAAUUAUCGGAGCCAAUUCAAGCACAGAAUUUGGAGCUGGAUUGGAGAUACCCAACGAAAAAUGCAUUGCAUACGCAAGACUUGUGGAUUCUAAUGGUAACUUGAUUGCGAGUGGAUCAGACUGGCCGCAACCACUAAAGUACUUGGAUCUUCCUCACAAACUAGUGAAGAUCGAGGUGGGAAAAGGUAGAAUCACUCUUUCGUCGGAAGUUCCAGUCAAAGGUUUAGAGAUUCUUUUGCACCUGGACUUAUUCUUGGACGACAAUGGAUUUGAUCUCUUCCCCGGAGACACCAAGAUCGUCAAGGUUGAUGGAUUGGAGGAAAGUGCCAAGGUCGACAUUCGCUACUACCAGAGCCAGUGA